CCGAAAGUCAUGUGACUAACAACACACCAAGAUGGCGGACAAGGAAGGAAAGUUUUCAUCAAAAUAUUUUAUUUUCUGUUUACUUGCAUUUUUGAAAUUUUGCAGUUUGUCAGAAGCAAAAAUUAUACAUAUGCCAUACCAUCAGUCAGAACGGGUAGUUCAAUUCGAUGCAAAUUCGCUGCCAGUGUUUAAUCUACAGAAGUUUUCCAUAGAAAACGUUGGACACAGUUUGUACAAGAGGGAAUUGGCGCAAGAUGAAAGCUGUAAACAGCAAAAUUCUGAGUUUGAAAAAAGGCUAGGAGAAAACAAAAUAUGUGAGACCCAUACAUUUCUCAACGAGACUAAAACUGCAAUGGCACUUGCAUGGGCUGGUGAGAAUGAUGGGACAUUGAUUAUUGUUACAACUGGAGACAUUAUGGGAAGUACAAUAGAAUCUACAGUAUUGAGAAGUACCAACUAUGGUGUUGAUUACACAAAUUUGACUGACGUUUUAGGUCUGUCACCAGGGACUUUCGUUAUCAAGAAACACAAUGGCUUACAGCGACACCCUCAUAAUGCUAAGAGAGUGUAUCUUAUUGGUGAAGGUAAAUACAUGUAUACAACAACAGAUGGAGGGCUAAAUUUUAACAAGAUAGAUUUGACAUUUCCAUUUGACGGAGAGUUGGUGUUCAAUUCAUUCAACAAUGAUUAUUUGAUAGCACUUAAUGCUAACAAGAACAUGUUUGUCUCAAAAGAUGAUGGAGCCAACUGGAAACCGGUUGAUAUAAAAGAGAAACGUACUGGAGAGAAAAAAGUUGUUGACAAAGUUGUUUGGGGUGUUAAACUUGAUGACAGUGUUGACAAAGGGACAAAUCCAGACACUGCUGAAACUAUAUAUUUUACCUACGGAGCAGAGCAGAUAAAUGACCCAAUUUUAAAGCAAUUUUUUGACUUCAGUUAUACAACAGAAUUUACUCUUGCAAAGUCUACAGAUGCUGGAGCUACCUACACUGAUCUUCUAGAAAAAGUUGUUUCAUUUGAACGCCAGGGAAAAUUUUUGUAUGCCUCUCAAAUAAAAAGCAACACAGAUGCUUAUGGCUGGAGACAUCUGCUUAUUUCUACAGAUGGUGGAAAUGUGUUCAGGGAAGUCCAGUUACCUACUAUAGAGCCAAGCAGAUUUUUCAGUGUAAUGGAUGUGGAAGACAGUAUGAUAUUUAUGCAUGUUGAUAAUAAGGAUGAUACUGGUCAUGGGACUCUUUACACAUCUGCCAAUCAGGGAAUAGUAUAUUCAAUAUCUCUGACAAGGCAUCUCUUCCCUAACUAUGGGGAAAUACAUGAUUUCUACAAGGUGAAGUCAAUGCGAGGCGUUUACAUCACCAGUCAGAUGAGCGAUGACGAUUCCAUACAUACCAUGAUAACCUAUAAUCGUGGAGCUGAUUGGCAAAAAAUACCUAGACCUGAAGGUGUGGCUUGUAAAGAUGAAAAAAAGGACUGCCAUCUACAGAUUCAUGGCAUGUAUAGUUUAAAACGUGGAAUUAUAGCCAAUUUACCAGUCAGUGAAAAAACUGCCAUAGGCUUGAUUCUUGUUCAUGGUCAUAUAGCAGAUGCUCUACAGAAGACUAAUCCUGACGUGUAUAUAUCCCGGGAUGGAGGAUACACAUGGAGUCUGUCAUUGAAAGGCCCACACCAUUAUGCAAUUGGGGACAAUGGAGGUUUGCUAGUAGCAGUUUCCAAAUCAGAGCCAAGCCCUAAAAUUGUAAAAUUUUCUCUGGAUGAAGGAAGAUGCUGGCAUGAAUAUAAAUUCACAGACAAAGUUCUCAACUUUACAGGUUUACUAACAGAACCAGAAGGGAAGAGUGCUGUUGUCAUGCUGUGGGGUUAUCUUUCUAAGACUAAGAAAUGGGAAGUUAGUGUGAUAGACUUCAAGAAAGUCAUUUCUAGAAAAUGUGAAGAUGAUGACUAUGAACCAUGGCUAGCACACUCAGUUCUGAGAGCUGAUGAGGGUCCUGAAGUUCGAGGAUGUUUGCUUGGAAUUAAAGAGACAUUUAAAAGACUGAAGAAGGAUUCAUGGUGUUACAAUGGAUAUGACCAUAUGGUGGAAAAUAAAACAGAACCUUGCAAAUGUACAAGAGAAGAUUAUGAAUGUGACUAUGGUUACUUUAGACCUGGCAGCUCAGAUAAGUGUAUAAAAGAAGGAGAUUUUAAAGGACCUGAGAUUGAUAUAUGUCUACAUGGUCAUGAUGAAAAGAUUGUUUCACGCGGGUACAGAAAAAUACCUGGUGAUAAGUGCAAUGGAGGGUUCUCACCAACUUCUGAACUUGUAGACCUAAAUAAGGUUUGUGAUGAGUUUGGGAACAAGAUUGUUGCAGAGGAUGAGAGAGGCCCAAGUCAGCCAAAAUCUCCAGAUCGAUUUAGCCGAGGUGUGAAAAUUCUUGCUGUUAUUAUUGUAAUAGGAGUGAUGGUGUUGGCAUCAGUUAUGGGAGUUUACUUCAUACGAAAAUUUAUUUUACUUAGAAGACAUAAAACAGAGUACAGAUAUUCAUUGCUAAACCAAGGUGAGCAGCAAAACUUGAUGGGAGAUGAUGAUGAUGAAGAGGAAGGGAAUUUAGAAAGAGAUUUAGACAAAGCCCUCUCAUCUUCAACUGUCAGAUAUGAAGAUUCAGAUGAUGAGGAGUUGAAUACAACUGUUCGACCUGUUAGACAGAACGGUAUGGUUAAAAAGUCACCUAAACCAAAGGAUACAAACCCAUUUGGAUCAUACCAUGACGACUCUGACGAUGAUAUGUUGAGUUAAUGAAGAGAGAUGGUAUAUUGAUGGAGACUUCGUUACAUUACCAUGUGUUAUAGAACACUAGAAACUUGAAAUCCUACUGUAUGAGAUAACUGGGGCACAAUACUGUGAUACUGUCCAUGUUCAACUACAAGUCUUCACAUCAGUGUUACCUUGUUAUGAUCUGACUUCUUUUCUAUUUUUUAUUGAAUUACUUCACACUUGUCAUCUUGGGGAUAUGUGUCAUUGAAAUAUAUAUAUCAUAAAUAUUGUCAUGUUUGGGUUUGUGUUUAGGAUUACACCAUUUUAUAUUGAGGACUACUUCUGGAUCACACUGAAGUGGUUUUUCUCAUGUAUACAGCUUGGAAGAUUUUGUAGUGCUAGUACAUGACACAUUAUUUACAGCUUGGAUGUUUUUGUUGCACUAUUACGAUACACAUGAAGAAUAAUUUUAUACAUCAGAGGCAUUAGGUAUCAAUACAAGAGAAAUGUUUAACAUUUUUUCUCAAAGUUUACUUAUGCAGGAUGAUUCUGUAGAUAGUAUUUACUAUGUUAGGAAUAUAAUUCUCUUACAAAAACGCCGUUGAAUUUCAUAUGCUAUUCAUAUACUGACAGAAGCUAAUGAAAGUGUUGAGAAGGGUUACCCCAGUAAAUAUGCAAGAUAUUACAUGUAUGAACAGAAAAAGUUCAUGUAAUCUGAACUAAUCUUAACUACUUCCCCGUGCUUUGGCCGACAGGUAAAUAAUCUGAGAUUACUUACAGAUAGCUUUGUUGAUACAUUUAUGGGAUACAGGAUACAGAAUACAAAUGUUAUUUACAGUUGAUAUUUGUACAUUACAAUAAACAUCAGCAGUGUAUCGCUAGUGAGUGACAUUAGGGCUUUAGCAAACGAAUAACAUAGAAAUAUAACAAACAACAAUGUUAUCGAAAGAUAAUCACAUAGACUAUUGUAUAACAGAUGUCACUGUAUUGUCUUGUACUAAGCACAGCUGGUUUUCCUGUGAUUUUUGUUAAAAUCAAAAUAUACAUGCUAUUGGUACGCUGCAAUAAUUGUUCUAUAAUUUUAUGCUAAUUGCUCAACCGCCUGUUAGGGUUGCGUCUGUGUCUUUGUCUGUAAUUUAAUCACUUGUUCAAAAAAGAUUAAAAUCAAGCUGUGACGUGAAAUAUUUCAUUUAGGAAUGAAUACAAGCUACAAGCUACUUGUAUUUUGGUCAAAAGAAAAUAGGUCUGGUAACAAAUCUGAAUCCAAGUAAUGAUGCUUUACCAAAAGGUUUCAAUCUACAUCAUUUUUCUUGCUGUCUGUUGUUAAGUAAUGCAGAAAAUUAUAGUAAAAUAACUUUGACAUCAACAUAGGAAGUUUUACAGAUCGUCCAGACACCAGUACAAACAAGGCUGAAUCUUUCUUUCUGUUAGAUAAAUUUUUGUUUUGUAGUGAAAGUAUUGAUUACUGCAGAUGGUUUGUAAGUACACAAUUCUGUGACAACAUUGACUGCAACAUUAUUCUACUGAACAACAUGCUGAUACAACAUGAUACCAGACCUGUUAUAGUCUAGCUUUUAUCUGUACAUAACUAUUCUGUUCACCUAUUAUCCACUCAAGGAAAGAUACAGUGGUCCAGUGGGUUCAAAUAUAAUCCUCUCAAGGGAAGAUACAGUGGUCCAGUGGAUUCACCUAUAAUCCUCUCAAGGGAAGAUACAGUGGUCCAGUGGAUUCACCUAUAAUCCUCUCAAGGGAAGAUACGGUGCUCCAUUGGUAAGAUGGACUAUGAAGCCGGGGGUCCUGAGUUCAAUACAUGGCUCCUCCAGUUGAAAUCACUGCUAUUUUUCAAUUAAAGAGUUUUUUCACCAGGCCUGCUUAAUAGCGAGGGAAUAUUCUGGGAUCAGAGUGUCUUCUGUAUCUUGCACUAUCCUCCCAACAAAAUUCAUUUGACAUUUCCCUGUAGGAAUAGUCAGUAUGGAUAAACCAAUGGUAAAUAUUGACACAUACAGGAAACUUCUUCCUGUGGUCCUGUCAGUAUGGAUAAACCUAGGGUAAAUAUUGACACAUACAGGAAACUUCUUACUGUGGUCCUGUCAGUAUGGAUAAACCUAGGUAAAUAUUGACACAUACAGGAAACUUCUUACUGUGGUCCUGCAUCGGUUACUACUUGUAGUAAAUUUUGUAAAUAUUGUGCUAAGAAUAUGUGAUAUUUCUAUACUUCUGGAAAUUACCACAACUGGAAAGGAAAAUGUAAAAACCUACAGUGCAAUACCAUAGUACCAGUGGCAUAGAUCAUUCAAAAGUCUCAUGUAAAUAGGAUAAUUUAGAAGCAUCUUAGGUAAAAGGUAGAACUUGCAGUAAAAUGUUUUACAUUGUAUUCUUUUCAUUCUGUUCCGUAGUUCUAAAUAUAGAUUUUUAGCUUGACUCUUCAAAGAAUAGGUAGAGCUAUUGGACACACCCAUUCGCACAAUCUGACAUGCAGUGCACAGGUUCCAUAACUCUACUUUGCAUUUUUAUGAAAUGCCUUUUUAUUGACUUAGCAGUUUUUAGUUAAGUUUUUGUUUGUAAGCUGGUGUCUCGGUAUCCUAGAAUUGGAAUGGAUUUAGUUAAUUUUCCUAGUCUGUGUAUGUAUUCAUGUGCAUAUAAUGCAGUGAUAUUGCAGAAUUGUUCAAGACAUUUAAAGAUAAGUAAGCAGUGAUAUUGCAGAAUUGUUCAAGACAUUUAAAGAUAAGUAAGCAGUGAUAUUGCAGAAUUGUUCAAGACAUUUAAAGAUAAGUCAGCAGGAGAUAUAACAGUUGAAUAUUUUGUUAAGAGAAGAAAAAAAAACAGAUAAAAAGCUGUAUUCUAAGUAUUUUUUGAAAUGUAAAGGGGACUAACGCUACAUGUAUAGUUUGGUUAGACAGUUUAACACAUAACAUAUCAUUCGUAUAUUUAUUUGGAUUUUUUGUAUAUAUUGUACCACUUGUAUAUAUUUGUCAGUAACUUAUUUAUUCUGAUAAAACAUCUGCAGUUGAUAUAGAAACAAAAGUAAAAGUUAAUGUUAGAUAGGACGGGAAAUAGCUUGCAAUAGCUAGAGCAAGUCUGAGAUGUUCAGAUAGCAUAAUAUAAUUGAACCGCACCAUGAGAAAACCAACAUAGUGUGUUUGUGACCAGCAUGGAUCCAGACCAGACUGUGCACAUUAGUCUGGAUCCAUGCUGGUCGCAAAUGCACUAUGUUGGUUUUCUCAUGGUGCGGCUCAUAUGUAAAAAAUUACCUGUGGACAGACUGUGGAUACCAAAGACUUGUGAAGCUACUCAUUCACAGGGGAAAUUAUAAAUAUCUUCAUUUCUAUACAGUUACAUAUAAAAUGACAAAAUACGAAUUAAAAAAGACCUGUAUUAAAUAUUUGUAACAAUUAAAAAAGAAUCUUGAUUUUAUUCAUCAUUUAAAAUAGGCCUCAAACAUCUUACAUUUUUCUUAUCAUUGUUUCUGUAUGUUGCCAGGUUACUUUCUAAAACAGUUGCGGGUCAAUGUUUAUACCAAAGACCGUUCUUGUAACAGGUUUCAAAAAGACUUCUUUUUUUUACCACAAAAUGUGACAGUGUCACUAAGAACAGAUAAAACAACUGAAACUUGAGACCUGAAACUAUCUUCAAAUGCUAAAAGACUAUUAAGUAAUAUUAUAAAGUAAAUGAACAUAAUUUUGACUUUAAUUUGAUGGAACAAAGUUGAUUAAUAAAUUGUUUGUUUAUUCCAUUUAUAGAAAGAUGGGUAAUGUUUAUCAGAAUAAAUUUGUUUGUCUUUCUUUUUGCCAAUGGUAAACUAUAUAUUUGCCAAUGUUUGCCUACACUUCAAUAUUAUGACUAUAUAUUAGAGAUGUUCAUUUUUUGUCUUUGUUUUUAUUGAUAUUAUUUCAUUGUUAAUUUGUGCUAAUAACUUCAUCUCUAUUUCCUUAGUUUCUACUUUGAUUUUUAUUUCUGUGAUAAACUGUUACGUAUAGAACAAUAUUGUCUACAUUUUGUUUUGUUAAUUACAAACAUAUUUGUCCUGUUUACAGUUUCUGCUAUGCACUUUCUCAAUAAAAUGAUUUAUGGCCUGUAUAGUCCCUGAACACUUACUGUGCCUCUGUUUCAGAUAGAUUCCAAAUGAAUCCAAUGUACUAUAUUUGUAAUGUAAAACAUUUCUGAGAGAAAACUAUCAAAAUAAUUGCAGUAAUUUAGUGGCCACUUGCAUACAAUUGAUCGAAAAUUAAUACAAGGUUAAAAAGUCUUUACUUUUAUGUAGGUAGACAGCUUGAUAGAAGGGUUGCAAACACAAAACAUCUGUUGGCAUAGAACUGUCUUCAGGGUUUUCAAACCAAACCUAAGGAUUUCCUGAUUUUUCUCAGAAACCAAAAAAUAAAUAGUAAACACUUCUUCCCAUUUCAAACGUCUACUGUAGUCAAGAAUCAUUUACUAUUGUUAAAGGGUAAUAAGUUAAUUUUAUAUGAAAGCCAUCCUCAAGCCUUUCAUAACGCUGAAAGAAUUAUAAAAAUCGGACCACUAUUGAAAAAGAUAUAAGUUUGAAAUUUAAGAAAAUAGCUGAUCAUGGAGGCAGCCAUUUGUGUGUUUAUGAUGUCAUUUACACACUGCUGAAUUCUUUAUUUAGCAAAUAACCUUUUAAAUAGAUUAAUUUUCAUAUGUUUCUUGAAUGUAAUGUGUAAAACAUGAUAAUUUCUUUCAUUUAUAGCAGGAAAAAGUAGAGAAAUUAUUUUACAGAGAAUUAAGUAAAUACAGCCCCAUGUGGUUCUGGGAUGAUCUAUGUAUGAGAAGAAUUGGAACCACUGCCUUACCCCACUGCAUGAUUGUAAGAGGCGACUAAUAGAGUCUUAACUCUUGGUUUUGCAGUAACUCUGUGAUUCCAGCAGGUAUGCAAAUUUUGAUUCCAUACCUCAUGUUUUUAUUUCGAUGUAAACGAGAUGUGGAACCAAAAUUUGUAGUCCUGUUUAGCGCCAUAUAACCUAUACUGUGUUGGUGCGCCGUUAAACCCAAAUAAAUAAAUAAGUAAAUACAGUUCAAAUGUGUAUCUGAAAAUUAAAUAAAUAUGCCAUUUUGUUUUUUGUUGCCAUGAAACAAAAUGGCCACCAAUUUGACCAAAUAUUUAAAUGCUCAUAACUUUCUCAUUUUUACUCCGAUUUUGAAAAUUCUUUCACUUCUUUAAAUGAUUAAAUAAAUCCCAGCUGGUGAAAUUAACGUAAAAACAAUGUUGUCUUUCCCUUUAAAGUCUGCCUUGUCUUGUUUUGGACCUUGAUAAGGAUAAUGGGAUAAGAGGACAUUAACCUUUACCCUGCUAUAUUUCUAAAAUAGACUGGUCCAUCAUUGAAUUUGGGCAGUGCCUUUUAUUAUUCAAAGGGCUGUUCAUUGAAAAUUACUGACUGAAUAGCGAACUGUGCAGACAAUGAUCAGCCUGCAAGGAUGAUUUUGUAUAUAUGGUACCACAUGUAAAAAUUUGUCAGUAACUUAUUUAUUAUGAUAAAACAUCUGCAGUUGAUAUACAAACAAAAGUAAAAGUUUAUUUUAGGUGGGAAGGAAACACUGGGACCUCUCAGGUUUGUUCUACUGGAGCCACUUGAUUUUUGGUGGCUGCUGCCACCAGUGUUAAAAAGAAUACUCUGUUUGAGAAAUCUUGUCAGUUCUUAAGACCAUCCUAACAACACAACAAAAAAUAGUUCCAGGCUUUCCAGGGAAAUAAUUAUCUACACAACGUGCAGAAUAUGCAAUGCUACAAUAUAUGCCUUAUUACCAUUUUUAAUGUAAAUUCGGCAACUAAAAUCAAUACAAACUGAAGCCAACGUUUUAAUUAAAACAACCACGUGUAUGAAUAUAAAUAUGCAAAUUUAUGAUCACGUGAAUAAGCGUUGACCGUAUGUCACCUGAACUGAGCGAUGAUAUUGAUGAGCUAUUGCAUAGUACUGCCCUAGAGGUCACAUAGCUUAUAAUGUAGAAAAGGUAGAAAUCUAGCCGGGAAUCCAGACUGACAAUUCAAACAUGUUUCCUAACCGCAUUGUCACAUGUAUAACUCUCGAAAUAUAAGACUGUAUUUGAUAAAGAACGAUGAAUUCUAAUAGCAAUAUCUACAGAUUAUAUACAUCGGCUAAAAAUAGAAACGGAAUUUCAACGGAAAAGUUUCCGAACAUUUACGGUCCAUAGACAAUACCAGUUUGUACCUACCAUAGCUUUUCCAGCAAGUUGUAGCAAUUUUCAAGUUUGUCAGAAUAAACUUAAAUGUUCGUCAAUCAUAGCUAUCAAAAUAUAAGAUAUUAUAUGAAUGCAGCCGUAAUGAUCUAAGAAUGUUACCGAAUUUUAGACAGUAUUGUCUUGUUGUCGUUUGAAACACUCAAAAAUAUGACCACAUGUUAAUUAGGCUAUUUAUAGAAAAUCGAUAAUCAGCAGUGAUACGGAUUUUCUCAGACGUUGCUACUGCCAAUUAACACUAAUUAGCGCUCUAAUUUAGUAAGAUGAUUUAUGAACAGAACAGGACGGUAAUUUAUUGAUAUAACUUGAACAUGUACAGUUCAUCGUUAUAUUAAGAACAAAAUAUAAUUAAACAUGCUUUGCAAUACGAGAGUGAACAAAGCAAAAGAAUAUUCAGAUAAAAUUCAUUCAAUAUUUUUUGCAAUGUGACCUGCCAUGAGAAUCAAAGACAAGUAUGUUUUCUAAAUAAUAUUCCCUCACGGAUAAUCUUCCUUCAGCAAAUGUACAACAUAAGAUAUUAUAUUAAUGCAUAGAUACACAUGUAUUCAGUACAAUUUCGUCUAACAAAAUCUGAAUUAUCAACGGGCGCAGCUAUGAUAUUAAUACAAUAUGUCAGACUGUAUCAAGCCAUCGGAUAACAGAUUUGACCAACUUAAAAAUUGAAUUGUUUCAGACAGAUUCUGCUCACUUCAGUCGCACCAAGAGUAAACCAAAAUAGUGCAUUUGUGACCAGCAUGGACCUGCGGAUCCACACAGUCUGGUCAGAAUCCAUGCUGUUCGCUAACGGUUUCUCUAGUUGCAAUAGGCUUUGAAAGCGAACAUCAUGGAUCCUGACCAGACUGCACAGAUGCACAGGCUGGUCUGGACCCAUGCUGGUUGCAAAUGCACUAUGUUGGAUUUCUCAUGGUGCGGCUCAAAAUAUCUGGAUUGAUACAAAUAUGUAUAAAAAUUAAAAUGGUUUCGUUUCGCCAGUUACAUAAUUUAUUUUUCGAUUUUUUUCAUGGUCUGACUAAAGUUGUAAGUUUGUCUGACUUAAAUGUCCAACAUUUUUGCGGAGCCUGCUGUUAUGUCUAGUGGGCUUUUGAGUACCGGUAUAACAGAUGGAGUAAUAAUUAAUGCGCCUCUUAAAUACACUGGCUGCAGAACUGAAAUUCUGAGGGGCAUUUGUGGUGCAUGUUUUGUGCUGUUUUCUUCCACAAAAAAUUUCAUGAAAACCAAAGUUAUUCGAUAAGGACUAAAUCAGUGUGUAUAUAAUUAAUGACAGGCACUGUCCAAAGGCUUUAGAAAGAAAUCUUAAAAGCUGAAGUUCUUCUGGUUGAUAUUAAGAAUUCCUCAAAGGUCACUUUCUUUGUAAUAUUUUACACAUUGAUUAGCAGCCACCAUCAGCGCUUUGAGCGCUUUGAUUUAUAAUCUCACUUAUAUAUUACUAUUUCCCCAAACACCUGCUGAAUCAAUCUGCUAAAUGCAGUACAGUCAUAUCAUUCAACUAGACUAGAUCUAGUCCAGAUACAUGUAUCAAAAGUUGAGCUGUGUUCCAUUUGUGGGAUAUACAAAUAUUACUUUCAGUCAUAUCCCUUCUAUUUACAUGAGUUGUCAAAUUAAAAAAUGCCCAUGUUGUAAAACACCUUUUAGUUGAGACAUUUAGUUUUAAGGUGUUCAGUCAUAUGGUCCUUUGUGAGGUUCCACAUAUAUUGAAAACAAAAUAAAUGUUGAAUACUGUGAAAAUGUUCUCUAUAACUUUUACAAAAUGUCAUAUAUCUAAACUAACCAUUCCUUUUAUAUAAGCUAAAUAUGUUAUAUUUUGUUUGCUGUGUAUUUGUAGUGUGAAUGCUUAAGGUUUUUGUGAGUCAUUUUAAUUAUUGAAAUAAUUGUUAUAGGAACUACCUAUCAUAUAAAUAAUUGCUCCUGGAACCACCAGACCUACAAACUGUAUGCUAUCCAAACAACAUUCGUUGUAUGAGCAGCUCACUCCUAAAGCAGGUGUGUGAGGAGGAUUAUGUAUUUUGAUAUCCAGUUAAGGCUGGCAAUGCCAGGUCUAUAUGUUAGCACAAACAGAUACGUCUAAAUAUGUAACUAUAUUAAGAUAUUACUGCUCUUUAUGUUGAUAUGAAAUUUGCUGGUGUCUGGUAAAUAACUUAAUAGGUCUUUAGAUACAUUGAAAAUUAUUUUAGCUGUCUCAUUUCAAAACUAGUGUUGCUGUAUUGUGUGAAAAUGUGUUUUUUUUCUUCAAAUUUUGAUUUAGACAAGCAGCUUUUGUAUUAUCUCAGAAACCUGUUGGAGAGAGCUGACUGAUCUGUUAUAAACCCUAAUAAACAUAAUUAUACAAUCAGGCUAUGACUUUAGAGCACUUUUCCAAUAUUGUAUUCCAAAUAAUCUCUAGAAAAUGUUUUUAUAGAUACACUACCAAACAUGCAAUAAAAUACAUUUUAUACAGUUUCAGAAAAUUACUUUGUAGACAUAUGUAAAUGAGAAGUUUAAUGGGUAUGUCUCCCUUCCUGUCUUUGAGUUUUACACUAGCAACUCAAAGCAAAUGUCCCUUUUGUUUCUACAUGUUAACAAUGACUUGUAUAAAUUGUUGAUCUGCACUCCAAGGAAUAUUCAAUAAGAACAGUUGUCAUACAUGUAUAUGUGUAUUUAGUUCUAUGCAAAAAUUAUAUGUUGUCUUUUGAGAAACUGUAAGUGUUAUACAUUUGUAAGAAUCUGUAGUGAAAGUGAUAUACAUAUGUAAGAAUCUGUAGUGAAAGUGUUAUACAUAUGUAAGAAUCUGUAGUGAAAAAAUGGUAAUGUGAAUUCAUCAUUAGUGAAGGCCUAAUUUUCGUGGUUGGUGAAAAAGCACAGAAAAUUUUAUGUGAAGAAAUUGAUUGAUUACACAGUACUGUUUAAAAGACAGACUGAUGUUUACAUUUCUGUAUUUACAUUUUAUGAUUUAUAUUGUUGAUAUUCAUCAUUUAAAAGUGUGUGUGGUUUUGAAAAAAUCUUUUCGAAUGGGUGCUGUUUAGAAUAAAUCUUUUCUGGUGGGUGUGGUUCAGAUUAAAUGUUUUCAAGUGUGUACUUUUUAGAAAAAUCUUUUGCAGUGGUUCAGAAUAAAUCUUUUCAAGUGGGUGUGGCUCAGCAUAAAUCUUUUAAGUGGGUGUGGCUUAGAAUAAAUCUUUUCAAGUGGGUGUGGUUUACAGGAAACCUGAGAAUGAUCAAAUGUUACAUUUUGUGUUCAGCCAAGUUUUUCUAUAAUUAAGACUGAGAGGAUCUGUUAAGGAUAAUUUUAUUUAUUUAUAGAAUAUUUUAGACAAAUGUAAAGUUGGGUUCUGUGUUAAGCUAGUUGUCUGUACAUUCAGUUUCAUUUUGUUUAGUAAACGUAGGGUAGAUACUCAAGAGUUAUGGAAUAUACAUCAGUUGAUUCUUUGGUCAGAUGAUUUAAAGAUGAUAAGAGGUAUAAAUACACUUUACAUAUUUGGCACUGUAAACAUAUUCCAAAGUUGAAAUUCAGAUAUUAUACACCUGCUGACUAGCUUGCAAGUCUGUAGUCUCAACAAUUGACCUAGGUCCAAAGGAAUGAGAGUCAGUACUUCCGACAGGUCAGUAGUUUUGAAUAUAGAUAGCAGCCAUUCAGUAAGUGUUGUACUACAUGAAAUCAAAAAUAUAAUUUUUUGUUUGUUAUUACUUUAGCCCCAAAAAUAUAAGGUUAAACUGUAAACUAGUCCGGAGCACAAACUAUGUACUGAUGUUUUAUAUAAGAAGAAAGGUAAUACAUUUUUUAGCUCACCUGAACCAAAGGUUCAGGUUGAGCUAUUAGUAUAGAGUGGAUGGUCCGACGUCCAUCAUGCGUCGUCCAUCGUCCACAUUUUUAGCCCACCAUCAUCAGAUGGUGGGCUAUUCAAAUCACUAUGCAUCCGUCGUCCUUCCGUCCGUCCGUUAACAAUUUCUCGUUAUCGCAUCUUCACAGAAACUACUGGGGGGAUUUUGAUCAAACUUUGUCAGAAUGAUAAAUUGGUACCCUAGUUGUGUCCUUCUGAAAAUCAGACUGGUUCAACAAUUUUUCAGUGAGUUAUGGCCCUUUGUUUUUUUUUCUUAAUUUACAUAGAUUUAUAUAGGGAAAAACUUUGAAAAUCUUCUUGUCCAAAACUACAGGGCCUAGGGCUUUGAUAUUUGGUGUGUAGCAUCAUCUAGUGGUCCUCUACCAAGAUUAUUCAAAUUAUUUCCCUGGGGUCAAAUAUGGCCCCGCCCCGGGGGUCACAUGGUUUAUAUAGACUUAUAUAGAAAAAACUUUGAAAAACCUCUUGUCCAAAAUCACAGGGCCUAGGGCUUUGAUAUUUUUUAUGUGACAUCAUCUAGUGGUCCUCUACUAAGAUUUUUCAAAUAAUCCCCCUAGGAUCAAAUAUCCCGCCCUCGGGGUCACAUGGUUUACACAGACUUAUAUAGGGAAAAACUUCGGAAAAUCUUCUUGUCCAAACCACAAAGCCUAGGGCUUUGAUAUUUGUAGUGUAGCAUCAUCUAUUGGUUCUCUACCAAGUUUGUUCAAAUCAUCCCCUUAGGGUCAAAUAUGGCCCCGCCCCGGGGGUCACAUGCUUCAUAUAGACUUAUAUAGGGAAAAACUUUUAAAAUCUUCUUGUCCAUAACCUACAACAUUCAAAUUUGGACCGCAUAUAUAGUUUUGAGUGGCAAGAUGAACCUUGACACGAGUUGACCUUGAUCUUGACUUAGUGACCUACUUUCACAUUUCUGUAGCUACAGCCUUCAGAUUUGGACCACAUGCAUAGGUUUGUGUACUGAAACAAACUUUGACCUUGACAUUGACCUAGUGACCUACUUCCACAUUUUUGAAGGUACAGGCUUCAAAUUUGGACCACAUGCAUAGUUUUAUGUUCCAAAAUGAAAUUUUACCUUGAUUUUGACCUAGUGAUCUACUUUCACAUUUCUCAAGCUACAGCCUUCAAAUUUGGACCACAUGCUUAGAUUUGUAUACUGAAAUGAAAUUUGACCUUGAGAUUGACCUAGUGACUUACUUUCAAAUUUCUCAAGCUACAGGCUUCAAAUUUGGACCACAUGCCUAGUUUUGUGUUCUGAAUUGAAAUUUGACAUUGAUUUUUACCUAGUACCUUCUUUCACAUUUCUCAAGCUACAGCCUUCAGAUUUGAAGCACAUGCAUAGUUUUGUGUACCGAAAUGAACUGUUUGAUCUAGUGACCUACUUUCACAUUUCUCGACUACAGCUUUCAAACUUGGACCACAUGCAUGGACCACAUGCACAUUGUUGUGUACCAAAAUAAAAUUUGACCUUGAUUUUGACCUUGAGCUAGUCUUGAACUUUGGAACAUUCAAAAAUGGCUCAUUGGUGGGCGCCAAGAUUACUCUGUGAUCUCUUGUUACUUAAACAUCUUCUCUAAAACUACUGGUCAGAAUAACACCAGAUUUGGUCUGUAGCAUUCUGGUGAGGUUCUCUAUCAAGUUCGUUCAAAUACGGGCAUUUGGCCCCUUUUAGGGACCACUAAAAAAUAGAAAAACCUAUAAAUGACUUCUUCUCAUGAACAGCUUGAUGGAUCUUCAUCUAACUUUGUCUGUAGCAUCAUUAUAAGGUCCUCUUUCAAUUUUGUUCAAAUUGGGGCACUUGGCCCCUUUAAGGGGCCACUAGAAGGGGCCACUAGAGCUAAAAAUAGAAAAACCUAUAAAUGACUUCUCAUGAACAGCUUGAUGGAUCUUCAUCAAACUUUGUCUGUAGCAUCAUUAUAAGGUCCACUUUCAAUUUUGUUCAAAUGGGGGCACAUGGCCCCUUUUAGGGGCUGCUAGAGCUAAAAAUAGAAAAACCUUUAAACGACUUCUUCUCAUGAACCGCUUGAUGGAUCUUCAUCAAACUUGGUCGGUAGCAUCAUUAUAAGGUCCUCUCCCAAGUUUGUUUAAAUGGUGGCACUUAAAAGGGGCUGCUAGAGCUAAAAAUAGAAAAACCUUGAAACAAGUUCUCAUGAACCGCUUGAUGGAUCUUCAUCAGACUUGGUCUGUAGCAUCAUUAUAAGGUCCUCUCCCAAAUUUGUACAAAUGGGGGCACUUGGCCCUUUUUAGCUAGAGCUAAAAAUAGAAAAACAUGGAAACGACUUCUUGUCUUGAACCGCUUGAUGGAUCUUCAUUAAACUUGGUCUGUAGCAUUAUUAUAAAGUCCUCUCCCAAGUUUAUUCAAAUGGGGGCGCUUGGGCCCCUUUUAGGGGCCGCUAGAACUAAAAGUAGAAAUACAUUUAAACGACUUCUCAACAUGAACCACUGGAUUGAUUUUCAUCAAACUUAGUCUUUAGCAUCAUUAUAUGGUCCUCUAUCAAAUUUAUACAAAUGGGGUCAGCGGCCCCUUUUAGGGGCUGCUAGAGCUGAAAAUAGAAAUACCUUUAAAGGACUUCUUCUCAUGAACUAUUUGAUGGAUCUUCAUGAAACUUGGUCUAUAGCAUUGUCAUAUGGUUCUCUGUCAAGUUUUUUUCAAAUGAGGGCACUUGGCCCCUUUUAGGGGCUGCUAGAGCUAAAAAUAGAAAAACCUUUAAACAACUUCUUCUCAUGAACCACUUGAUGGAUCUUCAUCAAACUUGGUCUGUAGCAUCAUUAUAAGGUCCUCUCCCAAAUUUAUACAAAUGGGGGCACUUGGCCCCUUUUAGGGGCCGCUAGAGCUAAAAAUAUAAAUACUUUUAAAAAAAAAAUUUUAAUUUAAAUUAAAAAAAAAAAAGUUUAAUUUUCUUUUAAAUUUAAUACUUUGUCACAAGCAAGAUCUAAUUAGGUCCAAGUCAGCCUCAGGUGAGCGACUUAGGCCCACUUGGGCCUCUUGUUUAAAUUGCAAGGGAGCAUUUGUAUAUUUAGUGUAAAAAUGGUUGCAUUUUAUUAGUGUUUGACAUAUUUGGCAUUAUAAAUGCUGAUAUUUCUAAAACUCAAGUCUGUCACAAUUUUACCAAAAAUCUUUAAUCCCAAGUAGAUUUUUCCUCCACCUCUGUUUUGUGUAUAGAAGUUGUUUGUAUAUGUAAAGAGUACUGGAAUAGGACAAUGUUUGGCUUAUUAUGGACCAGCAUUGACUUUCUAGUCGGGUUGAAAAAUAACUGAAAGUGUUAACGGAACAAGAAGAAAAACUAAUAUAAACUUGAAGGAUACAAGGAGAAUAUAAUCAUUCCCUCAAAGUUUUUUAACAGCAACUGAAUCAUUUGUUUUAGCCAGCUUUCCCACAUCAGAUCACUUUCAAGUUCCAACAUAUUGUGAUGCUUACGGCAACUGCUUUAUCUAAGACAAGAGAGAGGCUAUAUAGUGAAGUCAUCAUCAUUAAGAAACCAUUGGGGAGAAAACGUAAUGAUUACACUUUAUAGCCUCUAUCCUACUUUGUUUAUUUACUACUUUUUCAAUGCAGCUGUAAAUAGAUUACGCUUCCCAGAUAUUGUAUGAUUCGUACACUCUUCAUGAAUAAAUAUGGAAAAAAUUCAAAAUGUCUUACAUGUGAUUGGUUGAAAAAGUAGCAUAAACAGUCAUUUAACAAUAUUGAUUUUGAAUAGAUCUAAGUGAUCUACAGUCAAACUCAGAUAUAGGGAACUCAAGUCGGAUAUGAAAAAAAUACAUUAUUUUUUGUUGCCCGAUUUUUUUAUCUUUUUUAUUUCAUAUUAAACUUUCCAGAUACAGCAAAGACGGUUACAGCCAAAACUUGGUUAUAAGGAACAAGUUUUAUUGUCCUAAAGCAGUACUUCAUGCAGACAAGGAAAUAGCGGUAAUGAAAACUAACAGCUCAAACUUGCUUAACUCAAAAUUUCGGCUAUCUUGAAGACAUUUUCAAGUCCCGUCCAGAAAACGUGCACAAAAUACUAUUUAAAGUCGAACUUUGGUUGUCUCAAAGUAAAACACCCAAUCCCUUAGAAUCUGAGAUACCGGGUUUCUUUGUUAUACGGAUACAACAAAGAAAAGAAAUUUCCACUUUAUCUUAGUUUUACUGUACCAUACACAAAACAGCUGGUUGGAUAGACCAGUUUGUCUCCGUCUUAAGCUUAUGUAUGCAUUUUAUGUUUUUUGUGUAAACUUGGAUUGAAUGAGAUGCAUUGUAAUGAAAGAAAAUCUUUUAUUCUGUAAAUGCUUGAUUCAUACAUUUCAAAACAGGUUUUUUUUUUUCAGUAAGUAGACGAUAUAUUUACAUAAUGUAUACAAAUCUGUUUUGAUUUUUUGUCGUUACCCUCCAUAAAGGGUCACAACACUUUGAAUUGACAAUUUUUAAGUGAAAAUGGAAUAUAUGAAUUAAACAAGUGGUCAUUUACAUUUUGUCUUAUGAACAGUCAUGAAUAAACUAAUAAAGCUCUUGA